AUGGUUGAAAAGGGAAGACGCGAGCGUGCAACGCGUCAGGAUCCGCAAGUGAGUACCGACGACACCGCUAAGGUGGCGGGGAGACACACACACACACACAUGAACAGACGCCCGCAGAGGUGUGAGUCAGUGUCUCGCUCUCGCUCUCUGACGAUCUCGUGCAUCACGGCGACUGCUACUUCUUUCCCACCAUGCUACACCACUCUCUCUCAUGUGCUAACGCACGUGCUCGCUCUUCAGCUACUCUGGAAUCUCUGUCGUCGUCUCGCGCCUCUUCUCCUCGAUCGUUUCUUCACUUUUAUUUUCGUCUCGCGUCCCAUGUCGAUGGCUUCACCUGGCAGACGCAACUCACGCACGCACAACACCCGACGCGGCGCCCAACGAGUCGUGCAGCGCCUGCCCCUUGCCCUUGUCUUCUCACGAUAUCCUGGCCGUGCGUGCAUGCGCUUCCCCUUCUCCGAUCAUCAUAUUUUUUUUUUGUUGCUGCUCUUGCUCACGUUUGUGCCAGCCACCGCGAAUCCACCACCACCCACCACCGCCACCGAAGCGACCGCUGACGGCCUUGUGUGGCUGCUCCGAGGCCCGCCGUUGCGAGCCGACGGGGAUGGUCUACUGCACGUGCAGCCACGGUGCCCCGCGACUUCAGAAGCCGCAAAUGAUGAGGGCGGGGGCAGAGGCGCGAAUACCGACAGCGGUGGCGGCGAUGGCAGCGCCGCGGACACGGUGCUGACCACGCUCUCUCCAACAAUGGCCACAGAGACAGCGGCCGCCAGCCGCAGCAGUGCCACGGCAGUGGAUGGCACAACUCAGACGAGGGACCUCUGGAUGCCACCCCUCCCACUCCAGGACCUGGUUAAGCAGUUCACCCACCCACACCAUUACGGCCUCACCGAACAUGCGCCGAAGGCGCUCGUUGGUGCUACGGCUAUGGUCAGUGCUGUCGCUGACGCCGCCAAGGACGAGGCCGGCAGCAGCAACGGUGAACUGCAUCGUGCUCUAGAGGACUUCUCCCAGUACACCCACGAGACGGUCUCGGUCGAGUUCAGCGUUGAUGUCUUCGACCCGAUUCGGGGCGCAUGCGUGCCCUACAUGCACCCGCUUCGUGCGGCAGCAGCUCGAACUGCAAAGGCUGACGACGCUGGUGAGACAGCGUCGCCGCGGCACGCGUCAGACCUGUCCAUCGUGCAUGGCUGCAGCGGCUGCGCCCUCCACUCCCUGCCGGGUAGACGUGGCGCUUCAGGCUGGGCGGCACCGGUGGCGGCAGCGACAUCCAUGUCGUCACGCAAGGCUAACCAGCGGAGACGGAGGAGCGCAUGUUUAUGCGCUCAAAUCUUCAACAAUGCCGCGGACGAGGCGCUGUCCUCCUUGCGCGGGCUCCAAACAGCGAUCGCGACAGACUCGGAGGGGGCGGCCGCCGCGCCGGCUAACGAGGACGGGGGGGGCCGGCGCUGUAGCUGUCGGCCGUCCUUGCACUGCCUCCUCAGACGCAGCAAACACCAACAAGUCUGUCGAAGCCUCCGUACCGAUGGUGGUCGGGCCGUUGUCAGCCCCCGAGCAGAGCACCGGGCAAGCACGCCGAUGCAGUGA